ACCCGCAGCGCUGGGGACUUUUACUGGUGAUACACAUCGCUGAAACAUGAUGGCGGCGAACAUCGGCCCGAGAUUUCUCCUAAAUAAAAUCAGAGACUCGGUUUGUUUCGUCCAGCGGCGACACCGCGUUAAAACUAAAUGGGCUGGCAGCAGACCUAAAGUCCCCGCCACUGACCUCGCCCUGCAGCACUUUGAUGCAACAUACAGCCUGCAGUUGGGUGACCUGUGGCCCUCCGUUCGUAUUGGAAUGCUGUCAGAGAAAAAGUAUGGAGCUUUACUGAACAACUUCGCAUCCGAUUCUGACAUCAUAUCGAGCUUUCAUUCCCAAGGGUGCAGAGACUUCAUCGGUGCAGCAUGCUCCACAGAGAAGGACGCGCCUGCAGAGAGACCUUCGCAGGACCCUGAGCUCCAUAAUCAGACAGCAGCUCCUGUCAGCUCAAAUAUCCAGUGUUUCGUUUUUCCAAGGGGAGACAUUUCUCGAUUCAAACCUGCAAGGCCAGACAGCAAUGGAUUAUUAACUUACUACCUGCUGGAUGCGGCGUCUGUCCUGCCUGUUCUGGCGCUGGAUGUCCAGCCAGGUCACUCAGUGCUGGACCUCUGCGCUGGUCCUGGAGGGAAGACCCUUGCUCUCCUGCAGGCUCAGGCCGUCAGGUUUCUCUGGGCCAACGACCUGUCAGGGUCUCGUACGGCUCGCCUCCGCCGGACCCUGCAGAGCUACCUGCCCAGAGAGCUGCUGACGGAGGACAGAGUUUACAUCACCUCGUUAGAUGGACGGCAGUGGAGAAAUAAAGAUGAACACCAGUUUGAUAAGGUUUUGGUGGACGUCCCCUGUACCACAGACAGGCAUUCUCUAAUGGAGGAGGACAAUAACAUAUUCAAGAGAUCCAGAACCAAAGAGAGACAGAAGCUUCCGUUACUGCAGAUGGAGCUCCUCUUGGCAGGGAUUCAGGCCACUCGUCCAGGCGGUCAUGUUCUGUACUCGACCUGCUCUCUGUCUCAGCUGCAGAACCAGUGUGUGGUGGAGCAGGCCAUCAGCGUUGCCCAGCAGGAGAUGGACAUUACAGUGCAAGUGCAAAACCUCAGCAGCUUCGUCCAGCUUUUUUCAGACACUUUCCACUUCGCCCCUCAGCCAGCGGUGGGAGAGUUAGUCUUACCGCACUUAUGUGCCAACUUUGGCCCCAUUUAUAUGUGCAAAUUGCAAAGGAUCAGCUAGAGAUGUCCAAUCUGAAAGACUUCCUGUGGUCACUACGCACUGAUUCACCUCUUUGUAAAUAAGCCGGCUAAACGCUGCCCUCUGUUGGCUAAAGUUGUUUGCCAACAUAUAUUUGUAUAAACAGAUACAAAAUAUACAGUGAGGUCCAAAAGUCUGAGACUGCUUGUGAAAACGUGUUUAUUUUGCAUUAUUUUUGAAUUUACUACAUUUUUCUUUGUAAAUUAUAUUAUCAGCAUAAGAAUUUGAAUGAAAAGUAGAAUCUUUGAAAUAUUUAUUUCAGAGUUUUUAAAUAUUUGCUCUCUUCCUCUUAAGCAGCCCCUGUUGAGCAGAUCAAAUCCAUAUAUAAUUGAUAAUCAUGAUUUUUCAUCUAGACAGUAUUAUGAUACUUAUUUUUAGAUAUCUGACCAAGCACCAGUGUGAGGACCGCUGUUAAAGGGUCUGUACCAUGGAAAACUGAAUUUACUUUUCUUUAGCAAAAAAAAAAAGUUUGAUGUGGUAUAAAAUAUGUAGAAAUGUAUGAAAU